AUGCCAAGUGAGGAGAACAACGUGCGUGGUUAUAUAUCGCCUGGUUGGGAAUGUGUACGGUCGGUCUUCGAACAGAAUUUUAACGAGGGACUCGAUAUUGGCGCAAGUUUAUGUGUCUAUCAUCGAGGAAAAUGUGUAGUAGACUUGUCUGGUGGAUGGAAGGAUGCAAAGACGAAGAAAGAGCCCUAUACAGACGAUACACUUCAGCUUACUUUUUCAACAGCAAAAGGAAUAAUGGCUGCUGCAGUGGCCCUUUGCGUCGAGAGAGGCUGGCUUGACUACGAUGCACCUGUUACUAAAUAUUGGCCACAAUUUGGUCAAAACGGAAAGGAAAAUAUUUUAUUGAGCGAUCUUCUAUCUCAUCGAUCUGGUCUGCCAUACAUUGAUCAACAAUUAACAGUUGAGGAUGUUUGCAAUUGGUCUCGAAUGAUAUCCUUAUUAAUUGCUGAAAAGCCUCAUUGGGAUCCUGGAUCAACACAUGGAUAUCACGGUCACACUAUUGGAUUUCUUGUCGGAGAAUUAAUACGAUGUGUUGAUCCUCAACAUCGUUCUUAUGGCCAAUUCGUUCGUGAGGAAUUGGAUGAUCAAUGUUACAUAGGUGUAUCUGAUGAUAUAAUUGAAGCCCGUGUUGCUCCUCUCAUUCGAAAACAGGCUAAUAAUAAAAAUAGUGACGUCGUAAAUUCAUUGGAUCCACUAUCUGAAAAAACGUUAACAUGUAGUGGUGCCUUUCCUCUUGGACCAUAUCAAAAUAGUAGUGGAAUCAUUUAUAAUGAGGCUCAAAUUCACCAAGCUGAGCUGCCUGCUGUCAAUGCAAUCACCAAUGCUCGUUCCGUGGCACGUAUUUAUGCCCGACUGAUGGGUGAUAUCUAUGAAAAUGGAAAAAACAUCGAACGUCUUUUGAGUGAGAAAACAUUGUCACAAGCCAUUGAAAAUAUUACACCAGUGGGAGAGACAGAUCGAAUUGUCCCAACCAUUAAAACAGCAUUCGGAAAAGGUGGAUUUCAAGUCUAUGGAGAGAUUUUUAAUGUAUUCGGUGACAAAGUCUUUGGCCAUAACGGUAAAAUAUUUCGAUUCUGA